AAAACUGUCUACUUUGUAGCUUUCAAAAUUGAAUGAGAGACGGUAGAGAAAAUAUAAGAAAACAAGGGGAGAGAAAAAAAAAAGCAGCACAGCCACAGCAUCAAUAACAACAAAAGAAAUUAAAAAUUGAGAGAGUGAAAGAAAGUAAAAAUAGUUGCAGAGCACCAAACAAUCAGCAUCAGCAUCGGCAAUCAGCUUUACCGGACAAUGACGAGCCACUGAAUUAACAUCGCCGUUUAUAUAAUAAAUGGAUUCUGAUAAGGAAAUGUCACCUGCGGCCCUUGAUGGGAAUGAUGCUGCUAAUGGUCAUAUAAUCUCCACUACCAUUGGAGGCAAGAAUGGGGAGCCCAAACAAACCAUCAGUUACAUGGCUGAGCGCGUUGUAGGUACUGGAUCAUUUGGAAUUGUUUUUCAGGCCAAAUGCUUGGAAACUGGAGAGUUGGUGGCUAUAAAGAAGGUCCUGCAAGAUAGACGAUAUAAAAAUCGUGAACUGCAGUUAAUGCGCUUGAUGGACCACCCAAAUGUGGUCUCCCUGAAACAUUGUUUCUUCUCGACAACAAGUAAAGAUGAGCUUUUCCUGAACUUGGUUAUGGAGUAUGUUCCCGAGACAAUGUACCGAAUUUUGAAGCAUUAUAGCAGUAUAAACCAGAGGAUGCCUCUCAUUUAUGUGAAACUUUAUACAUAUCAAAUAUUUACAGGGUUGGCAUAUAUCCAUAGUGUUCCUGGAGUUUGCCAUAGGGAUGUGAAACCUCAAAACCUUUUGGUUGAUCCUCUUACCCACCAGGUUAAGCUUUGUGACUUUGGAAGUGCUAAAGUCUUGGUUAAGGGUGAAGCAAACAUAUCAUAUAUAUGCUCUCGUUAUUAUCGGGCGCCAGAACUCAUAUUCGGUGCAACAGAAUAUACUGCUUCAAUUGAUAUUUGGUCAGCUGGUUGUGUCUUGGCUGAGCUUCUUCUGGGCCAGCCAUUAUUUCCUGGAGAAAAUGCAGUGGGUCAACUUGUUGAGAUCAUCAAGGUUCUUGGUACUCCAACCCGAGAAGAAAUCCGAUGCAUGAAUCCAAAUUAUACAGAUUUUAGAUUUCCUCAGAUUAAAGCUCAUCCCUGGCACAAGGUUUUCCAUAAGCGAAUGCCUCCUGAAGCAAUUGACCUUGCUUCACGGCUUCUUCAAUAUUCACCUAGUCUUCGCUGUACUGCACUUGAAGCUUGUGCACAUCCUUUCUUUGAUGAGCUACGAGAGCCUAAUGCCCGCCUUCCAAAUGGUCGACCUUUACCGCCCCUUUUCAACUUUAAACAGGAACUAUCAGAAGCUUCACCAGAAUUGAUCAGCAGGCUCAUACCUGAACAUGUGAGGCGGCAGAGUACUCUCAGCUUCCGACAUCCAGCUGUAUCGUAAAUGUAAAAUGAUUUAACAAGGAACGUUUUUUCUACCGCUGGACAUAUAUGAAGGAAAAAAGGAACUCUUUCUGGUUGGCAUUAUAAGCAUUCCGACCUCAUCAGUGGAUUCUCUCAGCUUGCCAACCCUGCACACUGAGUAUACGGUUAUUUCAUCUACUGUUAACUUUAGCUUCAACAUACUGUUAUCAUGCUAUGUAUAUGGUCUCUUGUGACAAAUUCCAGAAAGGAACAUAAAUAUAUGAUGCAAGUAAAUGUCAAGCUAGUUAGAGUAGUCAAAAGCCCAGCAGGAGCUUAAGGUUUCAUUGUAGUAUGGCUUGUUUUAGUCAAAACACGAGGUGGUUUUUACUAGGUGCUUGUGCCGCUGAUACAAGUUGCAUAUGAAUUCAAGGUUAUACUAGGA